GAAGAAGCAGACGUAAGAAGAAGGUGAAGUGUGUGCAGUGUCUAAAGAGUCACCCGGUGGACUUUUAACCAUGCGCGCCCACAUGUGUCAACGCCUGGCUCACCACUACCUCUCAAGAAGCUACGCGUCUCGUCCUUCACUAAAUGAGGUCGUCAUUGUCAGCGCAGUCCGCACUCCAAUGGGCUCCUUCAGAGGCAGUUUGGCUGCAGUACCAGCCACCAAACUGGGCUCCAUUGCUAUUAAAGGAGCCAUAGACAAAGCAGGAAUCGCUCCUGAAGAGGUAAAGGAAGUGUACAUGGGCAAUGUGCUUCAGGCAGGAGAGGGACAGGCCCCCACAAGACAGGCCUUGCUUGGAGCAGGCCUGACCCUCGGCACUCCAGCAACAACCAUCAACAAAGUGUGUGCCUCUGGGAUGAAGUCCAUCAUGAUGGCAGCACAGAGUCUUAUGUGUGGACACCAGGAUGUGAUGGUGGCUGGCGGAAUGGAGAGCAUGUCCAACGUGCCUUAUGUGAUGUCCAGAGAGACCCCAGCCUACGGAGGAGUGAGGAUGGAAGAUCUCAUUGUCAAGGAUGGACUCACUGAUGUCUACAACAAAUUCCACAUGGGCAACUGUGCAGAGAACACAGCCAAGAACAGCAACAUCACCAGAGAGGAGCAGGACGCCUAUGCCAUCAGUUCAUACAGCCACAGCAAAGCAGCAUAUGAGUCUGGUCUCCUGGCCAAGGAGAUUGUGCCUGUUAGCAUUCCCCAGAAAGGCAAACCUGAUGUGGUCGUGUCUGAGGACGAGGAGUGGAGGCGGGUCGACUUCAGCAAAGUUCCCAAACUGAGGCCAGUGUUCCAGAGAGAGAAUGGAACGGUGACAGCAGCCAAUGCCAGCACACUAAACGAUGGAGCAGCUGCUCUCGUCAUAAUGACAGCAGAGGCUGCAAAGAGACUUAAUGUCACUCCACUGGCCAGGAUUGUUUCUUUUGCUGAUGCUGCUGUUGCACCCAUUGAUUUCCCCAUAGCUCCUGCAUUUGCUGUACCAAAGGUGCUGGAUGCAGCAGGGCUGAAGAAGGAUGAUGUCACUAUGUGGGAGAUCAAUGAGGCCUUCAGUGUGGUCGUGCUGGCUAACAUCAAGAUGCUGGACAUCGACCCUGCAAAAGUCAAUGUCAACGGGGGAGCCGUGUCACUUGGACACCCCAUCGGGAUGUCUGGAGCAAGAAUUGUGGGUCACAUGGUACACAACCUGAAGUCAGGCCAGUACGGGCUGGCAGGAAUCUGCAAUGGAGGAGGUGGAGCUUCUUCUAUUCUGAUCCAGAAAUUGUAGGAAACCUGAUGAGAACCUUCUCUCCCCAGCACAUUCUCUGUUAAACUGUGUUCACUCCCUUUUGACUCCAAAUGGUUGAAGCAUCUGUUAACCUCCAUUUACUGUGAACAAUUGUUCUGUUACAAUUUCAAUGCCAGUUGCCUUAUUCAAACAACAAAGUAGAACUUGACUCACACAA